GCCUUCUAUUCGCUCUCUUUCACAUGUCAAGCAAGUCUUCAUCAGCAGCAUGAACGGCUUUUCCGAAAGUGGCCUCGAUGAGGGAGCGUUUGGGGAGUCGAAGACGACGUCUGUGGUAAAGGCCUUCGACGCCUUUCCCAAGACGAAACCGUCAUACCAGACCAAGACGCAGAAUGGAGGAGUGUGGACGCUCUUCCUCGCCUUUGCCUCGUUCCUGCUGGCAGUGACCGAGGUGCGACGAUGGUAUGUCGGCGAAACACACCACACGUUUAGUGUGGAAAAGGGCAUCUCGCACAACCUGCAGCUCAACCUCGACGUCGUCGUCGCCAUGAAGUGCGACGACCUGCACAUCAACGUCCAGGAUGCCUCUGGCGAUCGCAUCAUGGCUAGUCAAACCCUCUCACGCAACCCUACCAUGUGGUCGCAUUGGCAAAACACAAAGGGUGCCCAUCACCUUGGCGGAAGCGCUGCCGAAAGAGGAGGCCCGGACUAUCAAGAGGAGGAUGUACAUGAUUAUCUGGGUGCCGCGCACAAGAAGAAGAAAUUUGCAAAGACGCCCCGAUUGGGAAGAGGUGCGACAGCAGACUCGUGUCGUGUCUAUGGCAGUCUCGAGCUCAACAAGGUCCAAGGUGACUUCCACAUCACCGCUCGUGGCCACGGAUACAUGGAGUUUGGCCAACACUUGGAUCAUCAAUCAUUCAACUUUUCCCACCAAAUCAACGAACUGAGUUUCGGACCCUUUUACCCAGGCCUCGACAACCCCCUCGACAACACCCGCACAACCACCGAUCAACACUUUGAGAAAUUCCAAUACUACCUCUCCGUCGUGCCCACAGUCUACACCGACAACCCUGCAGCCCUCUCCAAAUACGCCUCCUCCGCAAUCCCCCUCAGCAGCGGCGACGAAGCAACCGCAAGACUCAAUCUCCCCCGCAACACCAUCUUUACAAAUCAAUACGCCGUCACCGAGCAAUCUCAUAUAGUCUCUGAGCGCCAAGUUCCGGGCAUCUUUGUAAAGUUCGAUAUCGAGCCUUUGAUGUUGACGAUUGCCGAGGAGUGGGGUGGAUUUUUGAAUCUUUUGGUGAGGUUGGUUAAUGUGGUUAGUGGUGUCUUGGUGGCUGGUGGCUGGGUGUUCCAGAUUCAGGAGUGGGCUAAUGAGGUUGCUGGGAGGAGGAGGCAGAGGAGACAGGAUGCUUCUGGAGGGGGUGUGUUGACGGGAAGAAAGAGCAUGGAUGAGAAGCAUUAGAAGGCCGUGUUCUGCAACGACAACGUCAUUGUCAAUUCCAUAGAGAUUUUUCUUGAAGCAUGUAUUUGUCAUGUCGUUUUCAUCAGCCGAAAUACAUGGCAGUUUCUACAUACCAGCCAUCUCUCGAAUGACCGUCGAACAGAGAUAUGUUCAAGGGCAGGGUCACAAAGCUCAACAAACCCG